AUGUUAGGAAAUCUAGAGACCACAAGAGAGAAUGUGGUUGAUAUAGAUUCAGUAGCUUCCAGUUAUCAUUCAGAAGCCUCAGAUAUAUUCGAUAAGGACUUACAAACCUUGAGAGAGUUGGCAAGGAAAAGCACUGAAUGUGCUAGAAAUACCUCUUCAAAAACUGCAUACAGAUAUUGUAGUUCUAGAGUCUAUAGCAACUCUCCUUUGCCUCAAAUCAUUCACUCUGAUCAUUGCAAAUCAUUACGUGACAGUUUUUAUAGACAAUCAGAAGAGAAAAGACCUUGGCAGAAGGAAAUAAUGAGAGAAGUAUGGAACUUCUGUGAGUUACAUGACAUCAGAAUCCAAGAAUUCCUAUGGGUACCUUCGCAAUUAAACCCAGCAGACAAGCUAACACAUUCAUUCGACAAAACGGAUUGGACACACUCUCAAGAGCUUUUCAAGUUUAUAAAUCAAAGAUGA